AUGGCUCAUCUACAAGAGAAUCUAUCCGUUGAUAAUGAUAAUGGAGAAGAAUCUGGUCAACCACAGAUUAACAAGGCUAUAAAUGAAGCAAUAUGUUUACCACAGACACCGCCUUUUGGUACAAAUGUAGAAGCCACCAAUCCCUUGACAAGUCCUCAUACGACAGAAAAAGCAGUAGAACCUCCAUGUGAUCUUAAGACUGCAAUACUAACUACAAUCUCACUUUUUAACAACCCUGAGAUUCAUCAACCAUCAGAAGAAGGUAACAAAGUCGAACAAGCAACUGAUGCCAAUAAUCAAAAGAUCCAACCAGAAGAGCAAAUCAUACAAAAGUUGCUACUGUUCGAUGUUGAAGACAAAAAAGAACCGGAUAAAGUGGCCGAAUAUUACUCGAAAAUACCCGAGAAUUCAACAGAAUUCGAAUAUGAUCAAAGCACAGCUCCAGUUCAUGUCAAGCAACUUCACAAACGUGCAAAAAAAAUUGGUAGUGGAAGUUUUGGCGUAGCUUAUUCAGUCUUAAUCAAAAACCCUCGUAAAUUUCGUAUAGCAGUUAAAAACAAGCGUGAACUUUGUAUAUGCAUGGAAUUAAUGGACACAUCAAUAGCAAAAUUCUAUCAAGCUAUGCAUCGAUUUUUUUUACAUGAACUUUCACCUGAGAAGCUCAAUCGUUUCGUACAACGUUGUGCAUAUAAUGUUGUAAGGGCACUUUACUAUUUAGAAAGUAAAAAUAUUGUUCAUCGAGAUGUCAAACCGGCAAAUAUACUGGUAAACAAGGAUGGUAAAAUUAAACUAUGUGAUUUUGGUAUUUGUGGUAAUUUAACUGAUAGACAAUUGGAUUUCGAUGCAGUUAUAGGUACCGUCAUGUAUUUACCACCUAAACCAGAAAAAUGUGCUGUUCAAGGUGAUAUGUGGGCAUUGGGAAUCAGUUUAAUCGAAAUUAUUGCUGGAAAAAAUCCAUUUACUGCUUAUUCAUUUGGUGAAGUACUUGAUAAAAUUUCAAAAUGGGAACCUGUAGUUCCAACGACAGUUUCAAUCGUUGUACAAGCAUUUAUUUUACAAUUGUUGAAAAAAGAAGCUGAUGAACGACCUCGAUCUUAUAAAGAUAUUAUAAAUGAUUCAUUUAUUCGUCAUAUGACGUCAAUACCAUCAAGUGAUGAAAUAGAUUUUAUUCAACAUGUUAUCAAGAAAACAAAUAAAUUAUAA